AUGGCCGCAGCGAACCCCGUGCUCCUAGGCUUGACGAUGUACCCGCCCCCCCGCGCGUCGUCGCCCGCCCUCUCGGACUCGACUGUUUACUGGGACGACGACCCCAGCUCAUCUAGCGACCAGCAACUGCCAUCCAGCUCCCGCUCCACUUCGGCUUCUUACACUUCUGGCGCGUAUCGACGAGUCGCUCAGUCCGUGUCGACAGGCAGCCUCCCCCUCUCUGGCCCUCACCGGCCCAUUGGCCUCGACAACGUCUUCUUCCAGUUCACUGGCUCUGUCCACCUCCCAUACCUCUACUUCUCCUCGGUCCCCACCAAGCUCACUCCCAAGCUCUAG